AUGACUACACAGUUAAAAGUCUCCUAUCUUCUCCCACUUCUUCUAGCCAGUUAUGUGCAGACAAACCCCAAGACAGAGAAGAUGAAGAUGGAUUGCUACAAAGAUGUGAAAGGCACCAUCUAUGACUUUGAAGCUCUCCCUCUUAAUGGGAAGGAGCGCAUUCAGUUCAAGCUGUAUGCAGGCAAACACAUCCUCUUCGUCAAUGUGGCUACCUAUUGUGGUCUGACAGUUCAAUAUCGUGAACUGAAUGCACUCCAGGAGGAGUUGAAGCCAUUGGGUCUGGUUAUAUUAGGAUUUCCCUGCAACCAGUUUGGAAAGCAGGAACCAGGAGACAACUCAGAGAUACUACCUGGGCUCAUGUAUGUUCGCCCAGGAGGGGGAUACCUACCUAAUUUCCAGCUUUUUUCAAAAGGGGAUGUGAAUGGUGAAAAAGAACAGAAAAUCUUCACAUUCUUAAAGCAUGCCUGUCCUCACCCCUCUGAGAUCGUGGUCUCCUUCAAACGCUUCUUCUGGGAGCCCAUAAAAGUCCAUGACAUCCGCUGGAACUUUGAGAAGUUCCUGGUGGGACCCAGUGGAGUCCCUGUCAUGCGCUGGUCCCACCAGGCUCCUGUCAGCACUGUCAAGGCAGACAUCUUGGCAUACCUGAAGUCGUUCAAAACCAAGUAG